AAGGUGGCGACUACGGCGGGCGCAGACUAAAUAAGACAGACUUUUUUCUAUACAGUGCAAAAAAAACCGAGGCAACGCAAUGGCUGCUCGAUUCAUACAGAAAAUUCUUAAUCAAUUGGGUUUGAUAGCUGCGCGUGAUGCUCCGGCAACUGUGACGCCAGCAACGAAGGUCAACGCGACUCCCGCCGCCAGCCGGUCCUACUCCUCCGGCACCAAGAAGGUCACCCUAAUCCCCGGCGAUGGCAUCGGACCCGAGAUCUCUGCCGCCGUCCAGAAGAUUUUCACCGCGGCAAAUGUGCCCAUCGAGUGGGAGGCUGUGGAUGUGACCCCCGUGCGGGGAGCCGAUGGCAAGUUCGGAAUCCCACAGGCGGCCAUUGACUCGGUGAACACGAACAAGAUCGGCCUGAAGGGUCCCCUGAUGACGCCCGUGGGCAAGGGACACCGCUCGCUGAAUCUGGCCCUGCGCAAGGAGUUCAACCUGUACGCCAACGUGCGUCCCUGCCGGAGUCUCGAGGGCUACAAGACGCUGUACGACGAUGUCGACGUCGUCACCAUUCGCGAGAACACCGAGGGCGAGUACUCCGGCAUCGAGCACGAGAUCGUCGAUGGCGUUGUGCAGAGCAUCAAGCUGAUCACCGAGGAAGCCUCGAAGCGUGUGGCCGAGUAUGCUUUCCAGUAUGCCAAGAACAACAACCGCAAGAAGGUGACUGUGGUGCACAAGGCAAACAUUAUGCGCAUGUCCGAUGGCCUCUUCCUGCGUUGUGUGCGCGACAUGGCCCAGAAGUAUCCAGAGAUCCAGUUCGAGGAGAAGUACCUGGACACGGUGUGCCUGAACAUGGUGCAGAACCCCGGAAAAUACGACGUGCUGGUCAUGCCCAAUCUGUAUGGUGAUAUUCUGUCGGAUAUGUGCGCCGGUUUGGUGGGCGGCCUCGGUCUGACGCCCUCCGGAAACAUGGGACUGAACGGCGCUCUCUUCGAGUCUGUGCACGGCACUGCCCCCGAUAUUGCUGGCAAGGAUCUGGCCAACCCCACUGCCCUGCUCCUUUCGGCAGUGAUGAUGCUGCGUCACAUGGAGCUCAACUCGUACGCCGAUAAAAUCGAGCGGGCCGCCUUCGAGACCAUCAAGGAGGGCAAGUACCUCACCGGUGAUCUUGGCGGCCGUGCCAAGUGCUCCGAGUUCACGAACGAGAUCUGCGCCAAGCUGUAGAUCAUCCGCCACAAACUGUAGCAAGAGUAUCGCCAACAACAGCAACAACAACAACAACAACAGCAGCAGCAACUGAUGGAGCAGAGAGAAAAGAUCGCCAGGAAUAUUGUGGAGAGGGAAGAUGAUGCAGUAUGAACAACAGCAGUUAAACACUCGCCCCAAACCAAAAACUAUAUAGCAACAACUACCAACAACCAACAUAACAACAAACACAACACUCACUAAACUUUGCCGAAUGUUUCUUACGUUUUAUCCUUUUCAAUUUUGCCAAAAUUUCCACGAAAGCAAGGAAACAACGAAAAUUGUAUAAAGAGAAAGCACUACCUAAAGUAUUUUUACGUUCGAAUACCUAGGUAUAUUAUUUAAUUUGCUUAGGCCAAAACUUGCAAGCGCUAAAAUUCGUUAAAUUGCCAAUUUUACUUGCGGUAGUAAAGUAUUUUUGUCGCCAUCCAGCCAAAACCUUGAGUUAUUAUUGUUUAUAUAAUUCGUACGCAAAAAGAGUAAUGUUAAUUAAUUAUUUAUUGAAUAUUGAUUUUCUAAUUUGUUUAGUCUUUUGAGUUAAGUGAGCUCCCUUGUGCAGCGUGCAGCCGACCCACUUAAAGAAGGCAACAAUUUUGUCAAAUUCGAGGCAAUAAACGUGUGAAAUGGAAGCCAGACUAGUUGAAAGUUGUAAAAGAGUGUAAACGGUUACAAUAACUUUAUUUUAAACAGAACACAAAUUAAACCUAUUCAAACCAAGAGAGAAAUACACAAAUGCUAUGAAAUGAAAAGCAAUUGUUAUUAAUAAUUAAGCGAAUUGUAAUGCAAAAUCAUCAUGCAAUUGUUAAAACUCAAUAAAGGAAACCAAAUUAAA